CUCACACUCGCACUGUAACCCCCAACAGGAACCAGCCGACGGCCUAACAUUACAUGGGAGAUGAAUCAUACCCGUACCACUACCACCAUUUCUCAUUUACUCAGCAGUUGAAGAAUGAUGUAUGAGUUGUUAAAUCUGCUUCGCCUUCAACUAUCGUUUACCUUUGAGAAUUACAGUUGAAAUGAAAACUAUUUAAAGCAGUCACAAUGGAUCGUACGAAGAUGUUCAAUUUAAGACGACCUUCCUUCUUUAAUGUUUUCUCUUCUAGUUCAAGUGCAGAACGACUGAAAAUUCCAAUAAAGUUCGUCAAACACAUGGGAGGCCAAACCUCUGGAUCAGUCUCAUUAAUAGGGCCAAGUGGGAAUACGUGGCAUGUUAACUUGAUUCAACAAAAUGGUGAUUUAUUUUUUGAUCAAGGAUGGCCAACAUUUGUGAGUGACCAUUUCUUGGAAUGUGGUGACCUUUUGGUUUUCAGAUAUGAUGGUGAGUUGCAUUUUAAUGUGCAAGUAUUUGACCAGAGUGCAUGUGAGAAGGAAGAUGCAUUUAAUUCCAAACGCAGCCUAGAUUCUAGCUUCAACAAUAGUACAUGGCAGAAGACAGAAAGGGAGGAGGUGGCUGCCCUUUCAGAAAGAAUUUUUCAAGGUGUGCCGAAGAAAAUUAAAGGCAACUCUUCUGUUCUUCAAAUAGACUGGAUAGACAAGGAUCGGGAAGCAAUUUCCUGUGAGGAAACAAAGCACAAUGGUAUUCCAUCUCAUAGCUUUUCCUUGCCUUCUCAAUCGAAACCUUGCAAUUUAAAGCCAGAACAUGAAGAGAAAAAAGUUGCUCAAUCUUUCAAUUCGUCUUUCCCCUAUUUCGUCCGAAUAAUGAAGAGGUUCAACAUUAGUGGCUCAUACACCCUGAACAUUCCUUACCAGUUUUCAAUGGCACAUCUUCCAAACUGUAAAACAGAGAUUGUCCUUUGUAAUCUGAAAGGAGAAAGUUGGAUUGUGAAUUCAGUGCCAACUACGAAAGUGCAUACAAGUCAUACUUUUUGUGGAGGAUGGUUGGCUUUUGUUCGUAGUAAUGAGAUAAAAAUGGGCGACGUCUGUAUUUUUGAACUUGUGCAAAAGUGUGAAUUUUGUGUGCAUAUUCGUAGAGUUGGAAAGGAAGACCCACAUAGUCAAAAUGAAGAAGUAGCUUUAAGUGGGUCACAUUUUGGGUCUGCUGCCACUUCAUACAAAAAAUUUGAUGGUUUGUCAAAGACAGUGAAGAACUCUCUAAAGAUCCAUUCAAAAUGCAUGAAAAAGGUACAACUAUGCGGUACAAAAGAGUCGAAGACUUGUGACAUACGGAACCAUGUUAGUGCAACAAGGAAUUCUUCUUGUGCUGCAUUAUGCGCUCGGUCAAAAACGACCAACGAAAAGCCAGAGGCAGCUAUCCACAGUAGAAAUAAUGUUGAAGCUGAAAUGGGUUCACCAAAUAGCGGUAAUUUGAGAAUCAUGAUGGCACAUGAUGAACAAAAAGCAGCUCGAUCUUUUACUUCACAUGUCCCUCAUUUUGUGAGAAUAAUGAGGAAGUUCAACAUCAGUGGAUCAUAUACUCUGAAAAUCCCAUAUAAGUUCUCUAUGGCACAUCUUCCUGACUGCAAAACGGAGAUUCUCCUUCGAAAUAUAAAAGGGGAAUGUUGGACAGUGAAUUCUGUCCCAGAUUCCAAAGGGCGAAUGGUGCAUACUUUUUGUGGCGGGUGGAUGGCCUUUGUUCGUGGUAAUGACAUCAAGAUUUGGGAUAUUUGCAUAUUUGAACUUAUUAACAAGUGUGAAAUGCGUGUUCGUAUAUCGGGAGUUGGAAGAAAAGAACUAGUGGAAAAUCAAAUAUCUAAGAUGUUCUUCCUUGAGAGUUACAGACGGCCAAUUAGCUGUGAGCUGCAUGCCUGGAUUCAAGAGGUAGAGGAACUAUGUUUCAGAACUGUAACUAAUCUUUGGCUCAAGAUGCUUAAAACUUCCUUCUCUACUUCUUCUGCUUUGGAUUCUCUCUUCUCUGCUGCUACAAACAUAAGCCAUUUCUCUCUCUACUUUGUGAUCAGCAGUGGCGUAGCUGGAUAUGUAAUAUCCAAAUUGUGGGAAAUGGGAGAAGCAUGCAAGGAAUGCAGGAGUUGGGAAGAUGAAAUUUAUUGGAGCCAUUUCCAAUGUAUUCAUUUCAUUCAGUAUCUCCAUGCUGGUUUUGAUCAGCAGCUUACCAUCCCUGAAAAGUUUUCUAGAAAUCUGAAAAAGAAGCUACCAGAAACGGUGUCUCUUAAAGGGCCUAGUGGUGGUACACGGAGUAUAGGAGUUACAGCAAAUGAUAAUACCUUGAACUUUAGUCAUGGUUGGCCAGAAUUUGUCAAAAUUCAUUUUCUGAAAGAGAAUGAUAUCUUGAUCUUCAAGUACAAUGGAGAUUCUCAUUUUGAUGUUCUAAUGUUUGAUGGACAAAGCCAAUGUGAGAAGGCAGCUUCAUAUUUUGUAAGAAAAUGUGGGCAUACAGACAAUGUUAGUGGAUGCCAAACCAAGAGAAAGCCUGGAGAAGAUUCAGUGGAAGUAAUUCCUACCUCCUCACAUGGUGAUGUUGAAGGUACUCCACCAAAGCAAGCAACUAAUGAUGACAUCAACAAAACACCAGUGGGACAGCCAAUUGUCUCUCAAACUUCUAACAAAAGAAUUCGGAGGGGAAAUAGUUCUGUUAAGCCCAUUCAUACCAGGCGAAGUUUAAGAAGCAAGGCACUAUUUACCAAUCAUGCUAAGAAACUAAUGGGCAAAUCCGCAAGUAGGUCAAAUGCUGAGGUUACAUCCUUCAACGGAAACUUGGCAUCAGGCCAAAAUUUCUUAUCAAGUAGGAGGCCCGUGUCUGGAGAUGAGAAAAUGAAUGCCUUGCAGUUGGCAAAAGCAGCAUUAACCACUGAUAGCUUCUUAGUAGUCAUGAAACCCACGCAUGUGUACAAAAGAUUUUUUAUGGCUAUUCCUGCAGGGUGGAUGACAAAACAUCUCACUUUGGAGAAUCAAGAUGUGAUUCUGCGUGUGAAUGAGAAAACAUGGCAAGUUAAAUUUCAAUUCUGGAAGCCUCGUUGUUGUGGAGGGCUUUCUGGUGGCUGGAAGAAUUUUGCUGCAGAUAACAACUUGGACGAAUUUGAUGUGUGUGUGUUCCAACCAGCUAACCUGGUAAUCAAACCCAUUGUUCUCAAUGUUGUAAUCUUUCGAGUUGUGAAUGAAGUGAUUCCACUGACCCAAGUAACCCCUGCCUACUUGACGUGUUGAAAUCUGCUCAACAUAAUGGAAGAAAAGUGCUCAUGUAACUAGUCUCUGGCACCAGCUUGCAGUUUCCACUGUUGUUUUUGGUGUUCCCUUUUGGUGUUAGCUGGGUUUCAAAUAUUGUACAGUUUGCCAACUUUUGGACUGCACUUGUAAAUAUUGUGUAUUUGGCAGACUAACUUAAGUUACAUAACAUCUUGUUCUGCUACA